UGAACUCUGACCCGAAGAUAAGCCGUGCGGUCACACUCACUGUCAAAGAGAAUCAGCUCGACGAUCCGGGAACUUUUGGGAUUCCAACGACAGAUAAUAUGCCCCUGGCGGCGAUCGAGGGCCCGACGGAGCGCCACAUCCAGCAGGGCAGCAUCCUGGCCAUCACGUGCAUCGUCCACCACAUGCCUCACUCGGCGCCCGCCCACAUCCUCUGGUUCCACGGCCCGCAGAACAUCGACUACGACUCCCCCAGGGGCGGUGUCUCCAUCCAGACGGAGAAAGCGGCUCGGAAGACAGUGAGCAAACUCAUGCUCUCGACGGUCACCUUGGAUGACACAGGCGAGUACAGCUGCGCCCCGUCUGACCUGCAGCCAGCUGUGGUCAACGUCCACGUGCAGACUGGCCAGAUCCAGCAGCCGGUGAAGCAGGGGCCGGGCCUGAGCGGAGCCGCCGUCACCGCCUCCGUCAGCAGUGCUCUCCUGGCCAUGCUGUUGGUCGCCCUCGCCUGCGUCAAGUGUCGGGUGUUUGCCUGAUUCACGUCCUCCUUCAGACACCUCCUUUCGGCCGUCAUGAAGAGAGGGAGAUGAUAAAUCUGCGGGGGAAAAGAGAGGAGGAGAGGAUGAUGACGAGAGGGAAAGGGUCUUGUGAUGGAU